UUGCUGCAUGCAACCGUUUUCAACGGAGGAUCUGUGCGCCUCGACAUGUCGCCGAAUCCCGUCGCUGGUGAACUGGCAACCUUGAUCGUGAAACGGCUAGAUUACAAUGUAUCAACAGACGGCUAUCACAAUUACCGAUAUGGUAACGCUAUGUUGGAGUGCAGAUACUGGGUUUACGUUGUCAUGAAAGACUUUCGCGACGCUGGGUGGAUUGGGGGUACCGGAAACGAGACCUAUAGCGCGGUUUGCUUAACGUGGACGACUGGAGGAGUUCAAAUGCCAAAGACUCCUGUCUGGACACAAGGGACGUUUGGGUAA